UAUUGGUCACACUACGCCCGAUAUCGGCCGAAAAACGUUCGGCCGAAUUCGGCCGUAUACGCCCGAAUAUAUUAAUUCAAUUGAAUCUAUUUAUAAUGGUCACACUAGUUCAGAAUAAUUCGGCCGUAUACGACCGUUAACGGGCAAAAACAAUAUUAUUUGUUUUUAUCGGCCGUUUGAAGCCGAAAAUGGAUAUUUCCCACGCAUCGUCUACCAAUCCGAAAUAAUACCAAUAUAGUUGAACAAUUAUUAUUAUUAGGUUUUAUUAUUAUUAGGUAUUAUUAUUCAUUUACAUCAAACACUAGUAAGAAGACGGUACGUCAUACGUAACUAGUUUUUGUGUUUCAUUGCCUGUGUUUUAUUUAAAAAAAAGUAUCUUGGAAUUUUGAAAUAAUGGUUGAUUGCGAACGACUAAUUAGUUUAGUUUUUGAAAGAGAACCUAUAUGGGAUUCUACAAGCAAAAAACACCAUAACAGAGAUGUAACCAGAAAAUUGUGGCAGGAAAUUGAAAAAGAAAUGCAGGUCAAAGUUUUUUUUUUUUACAUAGGUGAUAUUUUAAAGACUAAAUGGGCAAGUUUAAGAGAUACAUUUAGGAAAGAAUUUAAAAAAUUAAAACGUCCCACAGGAUCAGGAUUAGAAGAAGCUGUUGAAUCUCAGUGGAAAUAUUUUGAGUCGUUAUAUUUUUUAAAGGAUAAUAUAACUCCUAGAAAAAUGGUGGGAAACAUAGUAGAACGAUCAAAAACUCAUAUUGAUGAACAAGAGAGCUUUCCAAAUUCACCAUGUAAUUCGUCCAUUGAUGUCGUGAAUGAUUUUGAUGAAACAAGUUUUUCUGAAAAACGUACUGAAAAUCCAUCGUCUGGUAUUUUAUCUUUUGAAGAAGGACCAUCAUCAAAAAAAAAGAAGGGAAGAAAUGAUGUGAUGCAAGAUUUACUAGCAAUCGAAAAACAAAAACUUCUACAGUUCAAUACGAUACAGGCAAAUUCACAAAAAAAAAAUAAUGAUGAAGAUGAAGAUUUUCAUUUCCUUAUGAGUUUGUUGCCUCAUUUAAGAGAAAUACCAAAACACAGAAAGUUAGCUGUAAGGCUUAAACUUCAAAAUGUUGUAAUGGCAGAACAAACUGAAAAUACCACUGGAUCAAGUAAUACUUUUACUCCUUCAACAUUCUUUGUCAAUUCAUCGAUUCCCCCUAUAACCUCAUACUAUAUGCAUCAGCCCGAAUAUACUUCAACAAAUGGCCAGUCUAAUAUUAAGAACACUAUUCCUUGUGGUCAACCAAACUUAAAUCCUACAGCUGUAGAUAAUGCAUGUUUAUCUUCUUGGCCAAACAUUAACAACGAAUAAAAAAAAUGUAUAUUUUAUAAGCAAGUUAAUUUUUU